UUAAGCCAAUACAUAUUUAUGACUUUUUUCUCCUUUUACAGAUGUCAGAUAAGACUCAUAGCAAGGUUUGGGACUACUUCACCAAGGGGCCUACUGGUGAAGCAGUUUGUAAUGCAUGUGCAGCUUCUGUGAGCCAGGGAUCAAGCCGUCAAAAAACAAGAAACACAACCAACUUAUGGCAACACUUGAGACUUAGACAUAAUGAAGCUUAUGUGGAAUCACAAAGACAGGCUCUUCAUGAAGCACAAAGAAAGGCAGAAGCACUAACUAAGAAAACUAUUCAGCCCACACUUGAACAAGUGAUUGAUAGGAACACAAAGUGGAACCUAAAUGACCCGAGAACAAAGGAGCUGGACAAACUAAUAGUGGAAAUGAUUGCCACUGAUAUAUUGCCCUAUGCCGUUGUGGAGGGUCAAGGUUUUAAAAGAGUCCUGGCCGUGGCAGAGCACAGGUAUCCUCAAAAAAGUGAAAAGUAUUUCCGCACUCAGCUGAUGGGAGAAGUGUAUUCUCAAGUUGCAAAUAGAGUAAAGCAACUUCUCUCUGUGGAAAAUGCAGGAAGCAGCAUUGCUUUUACUACCGACUGUUGGUCGGGAUCCACUGAGGCUCUAAUGAGCCUAACAGCUCAUUUUAUUGACAAGAACUGGGAGAGAGUCCAAGUUGUGUUAAAUGUAAAGGCCAUGUUUGGGUCCCACACAGGCGAGUAUAUUGCAGAGACUUUCCUGAACUUACUGAAAGAAUGGGACAUUGACACACAGCGUGUCCACCUGGUGCUGAGGGACAGCGGCGCAAACAUGAUCAAAGGCAUGAGACUUGCAGAGAUGCCUGGCCUGAGCUUGUCACGAACGUCUUGGCUCAAAGGCGUUGAACAUAGGGAGACAGACACCGUCGGGUAACGUUCAAUACAAUAACGAUAUUUAUUGACAGGCAGUUUCCAUGAAUACACACGGGCGCAGAGAAUACAAUGCGACCGCUGCAUCCAGCCGUCAAACCGCGUCUAGAGAGAGCCCGAAUUGGGCCACAGGACACUGCCUUUAUCCCCGGUAGCCAGAACACGGCUGCGUGCAAUUCCCUCGUUACGCCGGGAACACUCAAGCUCCUCCUACAGGCAGAGGG